AUGUCCAAUCGAGUCUGCACCACGAUUUUACGAGCUCGUCAAGUCAGACUCUCAGGAUUUAAAUCAUGCCGGCGGACACAUUCCUGGACUCCCAUGGAACCAAGCAAGGUCAAAUAUAAAUAUAUCGAGGACGUGGAGCGUUUGGAUUUCUACGUUCCGGGCGGGUACCAUCCUGUGAUGAUUGGGGAUCAGCUUUGCAAUGGCCGAUAUGUCAUUGCACAUAAGCUUGGGUCUGGUCGGUCCGCCACAGCUUGGUUGGCCCAGGACACCAAGACGUCCCAACUUGUCUGCCUCAAGAUAUCUACUGCAGAAUCGGCCAACCGAACUAAUGAAUUGCCAAUUCUGUUGCAAUUAGGGAAUGCUGAGUCUCAACUACCUGGAAAGCCCAUUGUUCAGAUGCUUCUUGACCAAUUCACUUUCUCUGGACCUAAUGGAUUUCAUCAAUGCCUGGUUUCAGACGCAGCAAGGAUCAGCAUCCAUGAAGCCAAAGAUGCUUCAUAUCAUAGGAUUCUUCAUUUACCAGCUGCUCGAGCAAUCGCGUCUCAACUUGUAUUGGGCCUGCAAUUUAUUCAUUUUCAAGGAAUUGUCCAUGGUGAUAUACAUCUUGGAAAUGUUUUCCUGCAACUUCCCCCCAAUAUGCAGACCAUGACUCCUGAACAACUCUAUGCAAAGACUGGUGGACCAUUCAAAGAAUUGGUUGUGCGUUGUGAUGGUGCACCACUUGAUCCCGGAGUUCCUCCAGAAGUUGUUAUACCAGUGUGGCUUGGGUCUGCAAGUGAUGAGAUUACGCUUGCAGAUUGCUCCAUACAAAUUGCAGAUCUUGGAGAAGCCUUUGAUCCUCAGGUAACCAAGCAGUUCAAUGCUCAUACCCUUCCUCAGCUGGCACCACCAGAGGCUUUCUUUAUAGAACCUGGAGAAGAUGAACCUCUUUCCUUUUCAGGAGACAUGUGGUCACUUGCAUGUACCAUCUGGGAGGUCUUUGGGGCUGGACCACCAUUUUUGCCCUUUCCUUUUACAGCCGAUGGGGUGCUGAUUGAGCAUGCUGAGAUGCUUGGUAGAUUCCCUGACCGCUGGUGGAGCAAGUGGAAGUCUAGAAGCAACUGGUUCAAUGAUGAUGGGACAAAAAAUGUGAAAGAACAUCUUCAACAACAAUUUGGCAACAGCUCUGACAACUGGGAUAAGCGAUUUCCAGAUUACAUAUACUCUUACCGCUUGCGAAGCAAAUUUCCUGUUUUCACUCCCGAGGAAGAAGAAGCAUUUGGUGCUAUGAUAAAAUCUAUGCUGGUUCUUGAGCCCAGUAAGAGGGCUACAAUUGAUGAUGUGGUGAAAUGCGAAUGGAUGCAAAAAUGGGGAUUGCCUGAGUUGCAAAGAAUGAGAGAUGCAAUGAAACAGGUCACUUCUGUAUAA